CAUGCGUGGCCAGUUGUUUGUGUAGUAUUUUUUGUAGUGCCAUAUAAGAAAUAUGAUGUUGUUGAGUUUUUUAAUUAUUUGCUUAUUCACCGUUACAACAAAUGCUUCGGAUGUUGAUCAUGGCUUUGCUUUUGAAUCAUUUUUCCCAAACAGUUGCGAAACCUUGGAUAUUGAGGUGGAGUGCACAUUUUGUGAGUCCCGUAACCAAAGUUUUAUGCUGACACAUAAAAAAGCUGCAGAUCCUCCACCUCUGACGCCACUGUCUCCGCCUCGACCUCCAACGCCUCCAAGUCCAAGUCUUCGGGAAGAUACAAAAAAAGAUAAUGGAACUACAGAACCAGAUACAAAAAAAGAAAAUGGAACUGCAGAACCAGAUACAAAUAAAGAAAAUAGAACUGCACAACCAGAUACAAAUAAAGAAAAUAGAACUGCACAACCAGAUACAAAAAAAGAAAAUGGAACUGCAGAAUCAGAUACAGAAAAACAAAAUGGAACUGCUGAACCAGAUACAGAAAAACAAAAUGGAACUGCUGAACCAGAUACAAAAAAAGAAAAUGGAACUGCAGAACCAGGUCCUAUAAAUGUUGAAAAUGAUCAUCAAGACGCCGAAGCGCAUACUGGUGGAGAAAAAGUCGUACACAACUCACCUGCGAAUGUCAUAUUAGUAGUCGUCCUGUGCCUAAUAGGAUCUGUUGGUGCUUUUAUGUUGGCUAAUUUUAUUACAAAGAAGAUAUCGGUACACCAGCAGUCAGGAACUUACCAAGUCUCAGAGCAGGGUAAUUCUCCCAUUUAGUGGUCAUCAGGACGAGAGGAAUUAGUAGAAUAAUCGUAAUAUCAGUUAUUAAAAUAUGAU